AGUACUACACCAGCUGCUGAGCCCUUGGGGCAGAAGUUCUACUGCUGGCAGGAGGAGGCUGGUUUAGCAUGGGGCAGUGUUUAAGGUACCAGAUGCAGUGGGAGGACCUGGAAGAGUACCAGGUGGGUAGUCAGGUCACAGAUCCAGGACAGAACUAGGCACUUCCCAGGGCAGGAGGGAUAGAGAGUAGAGGAGCUCUUGCCUGAUCAUGGAAUUCACUGGUCUUACCACAUUCCCCAUCAUCCUGAAGCAGCUGGUCUGAUAGAAAGAUGGAAUGGCCUUUUGAAGACGCAGUUACAGCGCCAAUUAGGUGGUAACAGCUUGGAAGGCUGGGGUAGAGUUCUUCAGAAGGCAGUAUAUGCUUUGAAUCAGCGCUCGAUAUAUGGUACAGUUUCACCCAUAGCCAGGAUUCAUGGGUCCAGGAAUCAAGGGGUGGAAAAAGGAAUAGUUCCACUUACUAUCACUCCUAGUGACCCUCUAGGAAAAUUUUUGCUUCCUGUCCCCAUAACUCUGGGUUCUGCUGGCCUAGAAGUUUUGGCUCCAGAGAGGGGAGUGCUCCUACCAGGAGCUACAACAAACAUUCCAUUGAACUGGAAGCUCAGACUUCCCCCUGGUCAUUUUGGGCUUCUAAUGCCCUUAAACCAACAGGCUAAAAAAGGAAUAACAGUGUUAGGAGGGGUGAUAGAUCCAGAUUACCAUGGCGAAAUUGGAUUACCUCUUCACAAUGGUGGCUCUGACCUUCCUGACAAGAAAUGAGAUUCUGUGCAUCCACGACACCUUCCUGAAGCUCUGUCCCUCGGGCAAGCACUAUAAGGAGGCCACACUGACCAUGGACCAGGUCAGCUCCCUUCCUGCUCUGAGGGUCAACCCUUUCAGAGACCGCAUCUGCAGGGUAUUCUCCCACGACAACGUGUUCUCCUUUGAAGACGUGCUGGGCAUGGCAUCUGUAUUCAGUGAGCAGGCCUGCCCCAGCCUGAAGAUUGAGUAUGCCUUUCGUAUCUAUGAUUUUAACGAGAAUGGUUUCAUUGAUGAGGAGGACCUCGAGGAGAUUGUGCUAAGACUACUGAAAAGUGACGACGCGUCUGAGGACCUGCUGAUGGACGUCAUGCACCAUGUCCUGAGUGAGUCAGAUCUGGACAAUGACAGUAUGCUUUCCUUCUCCGAGUUCGAACACGCCAUGGCCAAAUCUCCAGAUUUCAUGAACUCUUUUCGGAUUCACUUCUGGGGCUGCUGAUGUGGAGGUCAUCGGCUGGUUCGGCAGCUUCAAUGAAGACUACUGGACACCCCCUGCAUCCAGGCACUGUAGAAUCUGAUUUGAAUUAUGACUCAGCUCUGUCCAUCCUUCACCUCUAGAGUACUGUUUGCUAAGUAAAUAUGUGUUUCCCCCA